CAACUUCCUCCACGUCUCCUUCCUCGCAACUCUUCACUCUUCCCAUCUCUACACACGCCCCACCUCCUCAUUUCCGUAUAUAUACACACACUUGUAUCUCUUAUACGCCAUAGCAAGAUCAAGACGAAGACCCAAAAGCCGAACUCGAAUCUCGAUUCCAAUCGACGAAGAUGCUGAUCGAUUCGGACACGAAACACGAACCGGGCUCGGUCGUGAUCCGAGAGGUCUGGGCGGAGAAUCUCGAAUCAGAGUUCGAGCUGAUCCGAGAGGUGAUCGACGACUACCCAUUUGUCUCCAUGGAUACAGAAUUUCCCGGCGUAAUUUUCAAGGCGGACCCCGCCGUGCUCCGCCGCAAUAACCGUCCCUCCGACCUAUACAAGCUCCUCAAGUCCAACGUCGAUGAGCUCUGCCUCAUCCAAGUGGGCCUGACCUUGUCGGAUUCCGACGGGAACCUCCCGGACCUCGGGACGCGAGGCAGGAACCGAUUCAUCUGGGAGUUCAACUUCAGGGACUUCGACGUGACACGUGACGCACACGCGCCGGACUCGAUCGAGCUCCUCCGCCGACAGGGCAUCGAUUUCGAACGGAACCGCCGCGACGGCGUCGACUCCGGUCGGUUCGCGGAGCUGAUGAUGUCUUCGGGAUUGGUCUGCAACGAGGCCGUGACGUGGGUCACCUUCCACAGCGCGUACGAUUUCGGGUACCUAGUGAAGAUACUCAUGCGCCGCCGUCUCCCAGGCGCGUGCGAGGAGUUUCUCAUGCUGCUGAGGGUGCUCUUCGGACAGCGAGUGUACGACGUGAAGCACAUGAUGAGGUUCUGCGAGAAGAGACUGUACGGAGGGUUGGACCGGUUGGCGCGGUCGCUGGAGGUGAACCGGGCGGUGGGGAAAUGCCAUCAGGCGGGUUCGGACAGCCUGCUGACGUGGCAGGCGUUUCAGAGGAUGAGGGACUUGUACUUCGUGGAAGAUGGGCCGGAGAAACACGCCGGCGUUUUGUACGGUCUCGAGGUUUUUUGAUUGGGGGAAUCUAAAUUGAUUCUCUUAUGAUGAUUAAUUAUUUGUUAUAGUUCAAAAAAUAAGAUGAUGAAAUCUGCUUGGAAAUUGUCCAGCUUUGUACAUGAUGAAUGAAUACACUAGUACUCAUUAUUACUCGCCCCAUUGGUAGACGAGUAACC